AUGCUCGUCGAGGAGAUGCCCCGUAGCUUCAUGAAGAAGAACAACAGCUACAGUCACUGCCCGCUUAAAAAGCGGCCGGUGCAUGUGCUGCCCAAAGAAGAAGUUCCUGAAGUGAUUAAAGAAGAAAUCAUUGACGUUGUGAUGGACGAUAUCCCGGAGCCAGAGAACCUCAGCACAAAACCCGAGGAUCUCAGCAGAACCGCGGAACGUCAGCAACACCAGCCAGAACUUUGCGCACGGCCGUCCAGGUCGCCUUCACCAAUCGUCAAAGUCUCUCACUCGCCACCAUUGGCAACGAGACCGACGUCCCCGUCUGUGCACCAUGUCCACCAAGUGCAUCAUCUUCACCAUCCGUAUCCAACAAAAGCGACCACACCGCCAGCCGGAAUCUCGCCGAUUCACCCGGUGGCGAAGAAGGCGCGCGUGGAGGUGAUUCAGCACGAUAGCUCGUCGACGGCCGCGGUGACGGCCGCGUCGACGCCGUUGCACUUCAUGGACAGCAAGGCCCCAUUGGAGCCUCUGAACCUGAACACACCGGUGGAGCCAUUGUCGCACUAUGCGACUCCAGCAUGGGCUCGAGCGGCUCCGUUGUACCCGCCGCACUAUCUGCCUUAUCCAGCAGCGUAUCAUCGCUAUCACCACGCGGGUGCCGAGUUGUACCCGUCUUAUCCAUUGCCAGCAUAUCCACACUCGUCCACAGAGCAUCAUCCGUCAGUUUCACCGCCUCCACACGGUGCACUGACCUGCCCGACGAUCCAACGACCGAUCGCCAGGAGUUACGCUCAUUGGGCGAGUCCAGAUCACUGUGGUCUAUCGCCAACCAGUUCCUUGGGCUCUGGAUCGCUCAGAUCACCACCUCCAGUCACACCGGAGGACUUGUCCUCACCUGGAAGCGACAGUGGAAGAUCGUCAGCCGGUAGCACGUCCGCGGGUCCAACGAUCGUGAAUCCAAAAAUCGAGAAAGCAGUGACCAGUGGUUCAACCGUGUCCCUAUCGUCGAGCUCGCCCAGGUAUCAGUGUCCAGACUGUGGAAAAUCUUACUCCACGUACUCUGGCCUAUCGAAACACCAACAGUUCCAUUGCGCGGCGGCCGAAGGCCAGGCGAAGAAAUCGUUCUCGUGCAAAUAUUGCGAGAAGGUGUACGUCAGUUUGGGUGCAUUGAAGAUGCACAUCAGGACGCACACGCUGCCCUGCAAAUGUCAUCUAUGUGGCAAGGCGUUCUCCAGGCCGUGGCUGCUCCAGGGACACAUCAGGACGCACACCGGCGAGAAACCGUUCAGCUGCCAGCAUUGCAACCGAGCGUUCGCAGAUAGGAGUAAUCUAAGGGCGCACCUUCAGACGCACAGUGACGUGAAGAAGUACUCGUGCACGUCGUGCAGCAAAACGUUCAGCAAGACGUGGUGGUUCAACGAGGAUUUCGUAGUUUCCUCGACGUACGUUCCUUUCUAUAUAUUUUUUUAA